GUGAUGCUCAACGCUCAUGUCCCGGAGAAGCUCAGGAUCAAGUACCAGAAAUGGAUCAGCGCCGAACAUAUUCCAGAAGAAUUUAAAGGCCGAGGUUAUGUGCCGUUCAUACCUGGGCACUUUUCAGAGACUCUUUUCAAAGAAUACACAAUAGCUUUCGAGGCCAGAUUUUCACCACUCCUGACGGAGGACGCCAUCCUACAACGGUUUCCAGAGACGUUCCUUUUAACCUGCGAGUACGACAUUUUACGAGACGAAGGCUUGCUGUACAAGAAACGGCUGGAAGACAAUGGUGUGUCCGUCACCUGGCAUCACCUGGAGGAUGGAUUCCACGGGAUCUCAUUGCUCGUAGGGUUUGGGCCCCUAGAAUUUCCUGGGACGAGGAGGGGUCUCAAAAACAUAAUCAAAUUCCUCGAACGGUACUAGAAACCGAACAGCCUCCUUCUCGUGUUUUGUUUGCCUUUCCAGCUUGGUGACCUUUGCCUGGUGCGUGCAUUUCUGUGAGACAGAGAGUGACAGGCACCCAUGCACAACUCCAUUGGUGCGAGGAGCGUGCCACCUCUUCCACUUGCAUGCAUGGCGCUCCAGGCAAGUUGCUGUACUGGGGGAUUGUUCUGACGAUCAUAAAAUUCCUACUUGUUUGGAGGUGACGGGAUAGCAGUCUUUCAGAAUUUGAGAGUGGACAGUCACUUGUCUGAAAUGGUAUAGGGAGUCCUGCUUGAGCAGAGGGUUGGACUAGAAGACCUCCAGGGUUCCUUUCAGCUCUACUCUGAUUGAAGUGAUGGACCGCUUUUAUGUUCGUCCAUCCAUGACUUCUUGUCCUCUUUGAGGUGCUUCCUUCCUCUCCAUGACGGCCCCUCAAAUAUUGGAUGACUGCUAUCAUGUCCCCCGUACUCCUCUUUUCCAUUAAACGAGAUUUACUUAAUUCUUGCGCCCAUUCUUCACAGGUGUGAGCCUCCCGUCCCCUAAACUUCCUUGUUGCUCUUUGCUAUGCUCUUUCUGAAGUCUCCAAUUUUUUUGGUAUCACGGUG